AUGCAGCCCAAUGGAUUUUAUAACCCAUCAAUUAAUCACCAGCAAAAUCAAUCAAUGGUUCCUCAUCAAUCCAACUAUAACAAUGGACAUAAUAUGCAGCAAUUUUCAAACAGUGGUAUGAAUUAUUAUUACAAUAGUACAUCUACAACUUGUCAAUUGCCAAUUAAUAAUGGUUUUUUGAUACCUAAUGAUAUAACUCAUAUUUCUCCAUCAAUUAAUACUUUUAAUGCAAGUUUUAGUAAUGAUGGUUACAUUCAACAGAGUAUGCAAACUACCAUUGAACCUACAAAAUAUAAUUCAUAUAAUAAUGUAAUUUCACCAAAUCAAAAUGUAAAUGUCAUUAAUGCAACAAAUUUAAAUAUGCAAAUGUCCUUAAACACUACUACAAGCUACAGAGUCAAUGAAUUUAAAUAUAAUAUGCCUUCACAAGUUAAUUUAUCAAACAUUAAUUAUGAAUCACAAGUUUGUUCUUCAAACAAUCAACAUACAUCUAGUUCAAAAAAAGUUGAUGAAUGGUUUAAUUUAACAAGUAAGUUUUUAAAUAAUUCAUUAAACAAUUUUACAUGUAACAUCUCAUUGGUACCUAACACUCAUCAAACUGAUUCAAAACAAAAUUAUUCUCGGAAAAAUCAAUCUAUGAAUACCAGAUAUCCAAAAACUAUUUCAAAAAUAUUGCCUAGAGCAACAAAAUCAUUUGUAACAAAAAAAUUUUCUGAAAAACUGUCUUUUGAUCAAAUAAUAGCUAUUGAACAAAAAAAAUAUUAUUAUUCAUCUGAAUCUGGAUUUUAUAAGAAAAAGUUCAAAAGGUCAAUUUUUAUGCCACUAGAAAUAUGCAAUGAAUUUGAAAGAGUUUUAGGAAAACGUGCCACACAUGUGAAUGCAUCAAAACCAGUUUAUAACAAGGAUCAUAAAAAAAAUUUUAAAGUGUAUAAGUGUAAGUGUUCAAAAGAUGAAAACUGUGAAAACAGUGAUUCUUUUAGUUCAAGUGAUGAAGAUUCAGAUUGUGAAAAUGACAAAUUAAAAGAACUUGCUUUGAAAUGUGCCCAUCCUGACCGGCUGCAUCCAGACAUUUGGUAUAACGAAUUAGGAGAACUAAAUGAUGGGCCAGUUUGCAAAUGUAGUCCCAGUUCACAAAAUCUUGGUAUCCUCCACAAUAUUUAUGUUGGUGAAGUACCAUUUGAAUCUUGUUUGCCAAAUACAAAUAAUGCGGACAAAUUAUAUCAUUAUAGAAUUACUAUUACUCCACUUACAAAUUAUUUACAUAAAUAUCCUACAGUUAUUAAACAUAAACAUAAUAAUUACACUUUUGAAGGGUUUUCAUUGCUAUCACAUUAUCCUAUUCCCACAAUGCCAACAUGCACCUUUACCCGGUUCAAUACUCAUUAUACUAUUAUAUACAUUGAAGAAAAGAUUCCAGAUAAUUUUAUUAUACAAGAGUUGACACUAUUUUAUGACUUUUUCUUUAAAGACAUAUUAGAAUUAGUGGAUUUUGAUUCAAAUGUUAUACACAAUACAGAUGGAUGCCCUCAAUUUCAUUUUAUGCCUCGAUUUGUAAGAGAUUUGUCAAAUAAUAAAAAAGAAUUACUUUCCAUGAGUAAUGUUCUUAAAUAUCUUUUAAAUAGCAAUAAAUUACUUUUUGAAGAAAACUCAUUGCCUGCUUUACAACAAAUGUCUAGUGAUGAAUGGCAAGUUAUAGUAGAUGAAUAUAAAGAUAUGAUUAUUACAAACCCAGAAACUAAACCAAGUUCAAUACGUGUUGAUCAACUAGAUAGAGAAAACAAAGAGGAUACUAUUGACAAAAAAGACAAAUUAUAUCCAGUUGUAGUUCAUUUUGGUAUAAGACCAGCACAAAUAUGUUAUGUUGGUAAUAAAGAAUUUAAAAAAUACAGCAAAGAUUAUCUCAAAAUUAAGCAUCUUCUUGAUAAUAAGAUUGAUCCAUCACCUGAGGAUGAAAAAGANAAUAAAAUGAAACGUACAGUCACAACUGCUUUUAGUAGUAAAGGAUUUUAUAAAACUGGUCUCAUGUGUGAUGUAGCUCAACAUGCUAUGCUUUUACCAAUACUUGUGUCACAUUUUAAAUUUUAUAAAAGUUUGGAGUACUUAGAAAAAUCAAUAGAAUAUAAAUUCAAAGACAAGAAUUUACUUAAGCUAGCUUUAACUCAUUCAUCUUAUCGAGAAAAUUUUGGUACAAAUUCGGAUCAUAUAAGAAAUACUCUUACAAAUUGUGGUAUGCGACAACUAGAAUAUGGAGAUAGACAAAAUAGUAUGUUUAAAAGGAAAAGAGGAUUAAAAACCCUUAUAUAUACAAUGUCACGGUUUGGUGAAAUGGAAGAAAUGGAAUCAAAUUCUAAAAAUAAUGAACGUUUGGAAUUUUUAGGUGAUGCUGUUAUUGAGUUUGUGACUACUAUACAUUUGUUUAGUAUAUUUCCUGAUCUUGAGGAAGGUGGCCUUGCAACAUAUCGGUCUGCCCUUGUGGAAAAUCGACAUCUCACUUUUUUGGCAAGAAAUUUAAAAUUGGAAGAUUAUAUGUUAUAUGCUCAUGGUGCAGAUUUAUGCUACUGUUUCGAACAUGCAAAAGUACUGGCUAAUUGCUUUGAAGCUUUAAUAGGAGCAAUAUUUUUAGAUGGUGGAAUAGAAGCUGCUGAUUGUGUAUUUGGAAAAAUAUUGUACAAGGAUUCACCAGAACAUUUUAGAAUAUGGGUGAAUUACCCUAAGCAUCCAUUACAACAACAAAACCCAAAUGGUGACCGUGAGUGUAUUAAAAUAUCACCAUUUCUCAAAAAAUUAACUAAGUAUGAAGAUUCUAUAGGUGUUAAAUUUAAUCAUAUAAGACUUUUGGCGAAGGCAUUUACUCACAAAAGCGUGGGUUUUACAAAUUUAACCCUUGGAUCAAACCAACGUCUUGAAUUUCUUGGUGAUAGUGUUCUACAGUUUAUAACAUCAGACUAUUUAUACAAGUAUUAUCCAGAUCAUCAUGAGGGUCAUUUGACACUACUUCGUAGCUCUUUGGUAAAUAAUCAAUCUCUGUCUGCUGUGUGCAAUGAUUUGGGCAUCAUCAAUUAUGCAAUCCAUUCAAAUAGAAUAUCAGAAUUACAAAUAAAAGAUAAAGCUGAUUUUUUAGAAGCAUUUAUUGGUGCUUUGUAUUUAGACAAAGGUCUUAAACACUGUCAGGUAUUUUGUAAAGUUUGUUUUUUCCCCCGUCUGCCGAAUGCCAUUGUAAAACAAAAUUGGAAUGAUCCUAAAUCAAAACUACAGCAAUGUUUUCAAACUAUAAAAUCUUUUCACAAUGGACAAGUUGAAAUACCCAAUUACAAAAUCAUUGAAAUUACAGGGCCAGGCCAUUGCCUAAAAUAUACAGUAGGUGUUUACUUUAAAGGUGUUAGGAUAUCAAUAGGAAAUGGUCAGAAUAAACACAAUGCUGAAAUGAAUGCAGCUGCUAAUGCCUUAGAGCUAUGUGAAGAUUUAUUACCACAACUGGAUCACCAAAAAAAAUCUUUAAUAAAAAGUUUGCAUCAACAAAAAAUAAAUGGUAAUAUAAAUCAUAUUACCAUCAGACAAUUGUUAGAAACAAUUACAUCUAAAAAUGAUCCAUACCUGAGCAAAUUAGAAAAACAGAGAAAUGAAUUAAAAUAUAAACUAUUAACAGUAUUAUAUUCUGGUAAAGACUAUAUUGAUGAAGAAGAUAAAAAACAUGUUAAAGAAGAAGAAGUAUAUGAACCAGAAAGAAAAAAACUAAAAAAUGAACCAGAAAGUGAAAAACUUAACAAACUAGAUGGAAAAAAACUGAAUGAAGAACCAGAAAGAAAAAAACUUCAAGGGAGUACUAAAACGAAAUAA